AUGCGCGAUAAUCGCGACAAGCUCGUGAUAGCGGCACCUUUGACUGCGUUGAUUCAACAAAGCGGCCUAUCGCCCAGUUACCUUCUUGUAAGCGCAUGUAAUGUGUUUUUGAUGGAGGAGGGCGCGGCCGCUAUCAACUAUCACGGCGAUAAAUUCGAUGAAGACGACUAUCGUAAUAUGUAUUCAAGUGACGCUGAUCUUAUUUUGACAGAAUCAGUGAAAACG